AUGACAGAAAAGAAUCAAACUGUCAUCUCAGAAUUUGUCCUCCUUGGCCUGCCCAUUGAUCCAGAUCAGCGAGACCUGUUCUACACCCUGUUCCUGGCCAUGUAUGUUACCACCAUCCUGGGGAACCUACUCAUCAUUGUCCUCAUUCAGCUGGACUCGCACCUCCACACACCCAUGUAUUUGUUUCUCAGCAAUUUAUCCUUCUCUGACCUCUGCUUCUCUUCUGUCACAAUGCCCAAAUUGCUGCAGAACAUGCAGAGCCAAGUCCCGUCCAUCCCCUAUGCUGGCUGCCUGACCCAAAUGUACUUCUUCCUGUUUUUUGGAGACCUGGAGAGCUUCCUCCUGGUGGCCAUGGCCUAUGACCGCUAUGUGGCCAUCUGCUUCCCCCUGCACUACACCACCAUCAUGAGCCCCAAGCUCUGUUUCUCCCUGUUGGUGCUGUCCUGGGUGCUAACCAUGUUCCAUGCUGUACUACACACUCUGUUAAUGGCCAGAUUGUGUUUUUGUGCCAACAGAAUCCCCCACUUUUUCUGUGAUAUGUCUGCUCUGCUGAAGCUGGCCUGCUCUGACACUCAAGUUAAUGAGUUGGUGAUAUUUAUCAUGGGAGGGCUCAUUCUCGUGAUCCCAUUCCUGCUCAUCAUCACAUCUUAUGCACAGAUUGUGUCCUCCAUCCUCAAGGUUCCUUCUGCCAGAGGCAUCUGCAAGGUCUUCUCCACCUGUGGCUCCCACCUCUCAGUGGUGUCUCUCUUCUAUGGGACAGUUAUUGGUCUGUAUUUAUGCCCAUCAGCUAAUAAUUCUACUGUUAAGGAGACUAUCAUGGCUAUGAUGUACACUGUGGUCACCCCCAUGCUGAACCCCUUCAUCUACAGCCUGAGGAAUAAAGACAUGAAGGGAGCCCUGAGAAGAGUCAUUUGUAGAAAGAAAAUUACCUUCUCUGUGUGA